GGACAAGUUUUGUGUUUGAAUCAUAAUGUUUUAAUCCCUUAAUUUGAGUUUUUAAAGUGUGAAGAAUCAUGGACAAAAAGGAUAAGCGAAACAGUUUCUUGGACAAGGUGGUACGCAAUACUGUCAGGAUAGGAAAAGACAAAUCCUCAAAGUCAAAAGAAAAAGACAUCAAAGCUGCCACAUGGUCUAGUCGCCUCCCCUCCUCGGGGGACUCCGAAACCACCAAUGGGACGCAGUAUGGUUUUGGACCUUCUCCACAGGACAACAUUGGCACCUUGUCAGACCUAGAGGUCCUUGAAAGAUUUGAGAAACUGCUGGAUGACAUGAAUCUUACGGAGGAGAAGAAAGCCCCACUGAGAGCUUGGGAUAUACCAGCCAAGAAGAAAAUGCUGGCCAUGCAGGUCACUGCAGUCAAGGCCAAACAGAGAGAUCUAGACACACCACAGAACUUUGUGGCAGAACUUCGUAAUGCCGAUUUAAAGGGAGAGAAGCGUCUCCGAGUCUUGGAAUCCCUCCGAGUGUCUUUGACAAGUAACCCUGUCAGCUGGGUGGUUGAGUUUGGACUUGAUGGUCUCAAUGGUAUCUUACGGAACUUGACUUACUGCUGUGACUCUAAGACAGAGAGGAAGAGCACAUAUGAAUGUGUCAGAUGUCUAAAAGCUUUCAUGAACAACAAAUUUGGGCUGAUGCAGAUUAUUCAGCACGACGAGGCCCUGACAAUUCUGUCACGGACCGUGGACCCAUCAGACCCUACCACAAUGUUAGAGGCUGUACGUCUUCUAGCUGCCAUCUGCCUGGUUCCUCCAGAUGGGCAUGAGAAAGCAUUGGAGGGUAUAACAGUGUGUGGGGAGAUUCGGGGGAGGGACAGGUUUAUCCCUGUAAUUAUGGGGCUAGGUAUGAGAGACAAUCAGCCCAUGCAGGUGGCAUGUAUUCAGUUAGUGAAUGCCAUUGUCAGUACGCCUGAUGAUCUGGACUUUAGACUCCAUCUACGUAAUGAAUUCAUGAGGACUGGACUCAUUGAUUUGAUUGGUUCACUAAACAGUCAGCAGGAUGAAGAACUUCAGACACAUUUACAGAUUUUUAAAGAUCACCAGGAUGAGGAUUUUGAAGAGUUUUCACAUCGCUAUGACAACAUCAGGGUGGAAUUUGAAGAUCCUCAGCAGUGUUUUACCCUGAUCCAGAACUCGGUGAAGGACACAAUAGCCGAGCCUUACUUCCUCUCUAUACUACAACAUUUACUCUGUAUCAGAGAUGACAUGUUUUCUAGGCCCCAGUAUUAUAAAUUAAUAGAAGAAUGUGUCACUCAGAUAGUACUUCACAGAAGUGGGACUGACCCAGAUUUUCGACACACAAAACGAUUUGAAAUUGAUGUUGAACCUCUUCUUAGUAAUUUAACAGAGAAGUCUAAAUAUGAAGAUUUUGAGGGCAGUAUAAUUGAAGUUAACAAUAAGUUAGAAACGGCCCUCACUGCGAAACAGGAAUCUGAGGCUCGGGCCAUGACUCUAGAGGAGAAGCUCAAACAAUACGAACAAGAAGUGGCUGACAUGAAAGAAAAGAUUCGACAGGGCAUUGGGGAUACAAUCAUAGCUGGCAAAGGUCCAGGGGGAACAGGUGCUCCACCACCACCUCCAGCCCCUCCACCUCCUGGUGGAGUACCUCCCCCACCCCCACCACCUCCUCCUCCAGGUGGUGCACCACCUCCUCCACCCCCACCACCAGGAAUGGGACCCCCUCCUCCUCCACCACCACCUGGGGCUCCAGGAGCACCACCUCCCCCUGGUAUUGUGAGCCCACCUUCCAGCAAAUUGCCAUACGGAAUGUCUCCUAAAAGGAAGUAUGAAUUAGGAGUUCAGACGAAACGCAUCAACUGGAAUAAGGUGCAAGCAAAUAAAAUGGAUAAAGAAGCAUUUUGGGUCAAUGUCCAUGAAGACAAAUUUGAGGACCCAAAUUUAUUUGCAGGUCUCCUUGAGAAUUUUGCAGUUGCAACCAAAGGGAAGAAAAAGGAAACUGAUCAUGAAGAGGUGGAAGUGAAGAAGAAAGCCAAAGAACUAAAAGUUCUGGAUCCAAAGUCAGCACAGAAUCUGUCAAUUCUUCUGGGUUCCAUCAAGGUCCCCUUCAAAGAAAUAAAGCGUCGAAUCUUAGAGGUAGAUGAGGAUAAUUUAAAUACUGCUAUUCUGGAGCAGUUAUUACGGUACAUGCCUGAGCCAGAGCAGAUGAAGCAGAUUGCCAGUCUCAAGGACCACUAUAAUGAACUCGCUGAACCAGAACAGUUUGCUGUUGAGAUGUCAAGCAUAAAGAGAAUCCAUCCCCGCCUUAAUUCCAUGCUGUUUAAGAUGACUUUCCCCGAGAUGGUCCAGGACAUCAAACCAGAUUUGGUGGCAGCAAAAGAGGCUUUAGAAGAAAUCAAAACUAGCGGCAAAUUUGCUAAAAUCUUGGAACUGAUUUUACUGAUAGGCAACAUUUUAAAUGCUGGAUCAAGGAAUGCACAAUCUGUAGGGUUCGACAUCAGUUUUCUUCCCAAGCUCCAAAACACAAAGGCCAGUGAUGGUAAGACGACCUUGGUCCAUUACUUAGCUAAGAUUGUGGAGGAGAGGUACCCAGAUCUGAUUUCAUUUACUGAGGAGCUGUCUUAUGUAGAGAGGGCAUGUAGAGUGUCUGAUGAGUUACUGCAGAAGAAUCUGAAGUCCAUGGAGAAGUCAUUGAAGCAGCUGGAAAUCGACAUUAAGAAUCUAAAGAAGACGCAGAAUGAGGAGGAUAAAUUCUCUAGCGUAAUGAAUGAGUUUAUAUCCUCCGCCAACAGCCAGUACGAAGUCAUGAAGGGCAUGUACAAAAUGGUGGACAAUUUAUACAAAGAAAUGGGCAAAUAUUACACAUUUGAUGUCAAGAAGUAUGCCAUGGAGGAAUUUUUCAAUGAUAUUAAAGUGUUUAAGGAAACAUUUGUGCAAGCACUGAAGGACAACGCAAAGAUUCGUGAAACAAAUGAGAAAAUAAGGCGAGCUAAAGAGGCCAAAGAACGACAGCAAAAGGAGAGGGAAGCCAAACUAGCCAGGAAGAAAGCUCUUGUUGAUAUGACUAUAGAUGAUGACCAAGAAGGUGUGAUGGAUAAUUUACUGGAAGCCCUUAAAACGGGAUCUUGUUUUAAUCGAGAGAAACGGGAUGCUAAACGAAAAACACCACGGGCAGCUGGAGCUGAAAGAAGGGCCCAGUUAUCCAGGUCAAGAUCACGACAGAAUUUACUCAACAUGGACAAUUCUACAAUGAUGGAGAUAAACUUUGAUGACUCUUCUGUAGACACUCCACCUCGGCCCCCCAGGGUUAACCAUGAGAAGCGGGAGGCUCGUCGUGAAUUAGACAUGAGGAGUAGCUUAGUGAAGAAGGACUUUAACGACAAUGAAGAGAGGAGGCGUAAUAGCCAUCAAAAAGAUCUUAAUGACUACGAAGAGAGGAGGCGUAAUAGUCGUCAGAAAGAUCUUAAUGACAAUGGGGAGAGGAGAAGAAAUAGUUGUCAGGAGGAGGGUAGUAGGGGGACAAGUCGUGAAGAAAAACAACGCAGCAGUCUUACUGAUAACGUAAUGUCAGAGGCAGAAAAAAUAUUAGCAAGACUUAAAGACCUCUAGUAGUUACGGCUUUUUCUAUGGUAUAUAACAAUGUAUAGUGUAUGCUGUUUACUCCAAAAUUAUUGUAAAUUUGUGAAUGUGUGGUAGAUAAAAUGCCUUUUACACUUCAAUACGCAGAAAGAUUUUAUUGCCCAAUGUUUGUGAGGAUCUGUGCCUACUUCACUUAAAAUUGUGUUAUAAAUGCAGCUAAUUUACCCACAACACUGAGUGUUGGAAAGAUCCUGUGCCAUUUGUGGGCUCGGAUAAAAAGGGUAUACACCUUAUUUUUUAAUAUGCUUUUCUAUUGUGUCAGUAAUGGCUCUGGGUUAUAUUUUCCAUGUAUGUGCCAAAUGUGUUGUGAUUUAAAACCUAUAAGUCAAUUGCCCUGUAUAUUUUUCUCUUUCACUUAAAAAAAUAUUAAUUAUUCAAACAUCUUUUUCUGAACUUUCAAUUUAACACUUUGUUUUCUUCCUUAUUUCCUUUGAUUUUUUCUUUGUAAUUUUCAUUAAUGCAAGACCACUGUGCCUAGUCUAUUUUUCAGUGAAAUGAUAAGUUAUGCUUUCUGAAUAUUUCAUGGCAUUAAUAUUUACAAUUAUUUUUUGUAUAUAGAAAAACUGCAAAAGUGAUUUUUUUUUCUUUUUUACAUUGGGCUUAAGUAUAUGUUUUGAUAGACAAAUAUUAUGGGUUUAAGAUAUGCUUUCAUGUGUUUUAUGAUAACAAUAAUUCCGGAAAAUUAAUUAUAGCCAUACCUUUGAAAGAUUUUUACAUAUCUUAAAGCUAACCAUGUAACUAACAAAUUUCCCCAAACAUUUAGAAACACUUCUAUAGAAAUGGUGUUUUUUGUUGGUUUUGUUUUGUUUUUGUUUUUUUUUUUUGCACACACAGACAUAAACCUUUGAAUGUUGUGUACAAAUACAUCCAAAAUACAUUUAUAUGAGGUAGAUAAACUGUAUGUAUACAUGUAUGUCCCAGGUAGGAGAACUGUGUAGAUAAUUCUUACCCAGUUAAGUCAUGUUAUCUGAGAUAGAUAAUUCUGUACAUAUGUGUGUAUAUUGCCCAGUUUAGUCUGGUUAUCUGUGAUAUAUAUAAAUGGUCCUUGUCAUGGUCUGGAAGGAAUCCUCGGCUACUCGGGAUACAGGGGACCAAUGGGCUGAAUAAUCAGGAUAAUUCACUCAUCACAAACAUUUCACUUAUUAAAUAUAAUCAUCACAUAAUCACAUUCCAUUCUAUCUUUCAUUAAUGUCUACUAAUGUGUAAGAAUAUGACAUUAUUAUAGAAAAGGAAUUUGUAUUUUAAGAUGCAGUCUUCAAGAAGACAAAAGCACAACAAAUGUUAUUUUUUGGAUUUACCAUGACAUGAAAAUUUUUUCACUACAAGUGUAAGAAUUGUUAAAAGAUAAUCUGUGAGUAUUGUUCCUUUAUUUUGGUCAUAUUAUAAUCGGGAUAUAGAUCUGAUGCAGGAUAAGAGAAAGCUUUCCAAGUGCAAUACUUCUUUGUUUCACUUGUUAUUGUGUUUCUUGUUUAUUGGUUAAAUUUUCUGCCAGGAUGUGUUCAUUUGUUUUGUGUCUGAGCACAGUAUGCCAAAAAAAAAAAGAAACAACUCUCAAAAGCAUUCCACUCCACUGUUUCAUUAUUUAUGCUGAGCAAAUUUUGUACACAUUUUUUAUAUGUUGUUCACUGUUUAUAUAAUGACAAGCAGCACUAUAAAUGUAGCAAAAUUUUAAAAUUCCAUUGACAAGUAAUUAGAUGCUAGUGUAGUGAAUAAUGAAUGUGCCUCCAACAAGAGGAAUUUCUCAGAAUAUUUAGAUCAGUCUCACCAUCUAAGAUAAAACUCUUGUGUAAUACCUUUGAAUGUCUUUGUUCAACACAAGCAUUUUUAAGUAAGAGAUGUAGAUGUUAUAUGUGGAAUGCCUCUCACCAAAGAUACUGUAACUAAUUUUACAUAUGUGCAAGUACAGAAUUUAUAUAGGCAUAGACUAGCUGGAAGCUUGGGUAAAUUGCUCUCUUAGAAAAUGCUAGUAUUUAAUGAUAUUGACACUUUAUAUACAUGUAUGAAUCUCUUACAACUACAUCUUUGCUCCAAAUGUUUGUCCAUGAAUGUAAUCUUGUUUACACAAGUAAUAAAGUGUUCAUUAACUUCAAAUGAAUUCGCCUCUGUUAAAAUGUACUAGAUGUUACUUCUCCUUUAUCUUUCGUCUACCCAAGAAUCAGUCAAUAAUUUUUUUAAGUAGUGAAACUGUUCUACUAGUAUAUGGUGUUUUUCCCCAGUGUUUUAUUUUUUGGGGUGGGGGUGUAUUUAGGUGUUCUUGCUGCCAUGUCUCUUUUGUUGGAGAAUAGAUUUUAGUUCAGUUCUUUAUUAAUUUAUAGAGUUUGUGGGUUUAUGUCAUUUUUAUUUCUUUCCACACUGAAGAGACCGUAGAAAAAAGUACAUGUAGUUUUACAAAAAGUCAUAGUUCAUCCUAGGUUGUGCUCCAUUGGAUAGUGCCUACAACACAAUACUACAGACAUAGCUCAUAUAUCUACUACUGAACAACAUAAGUACCUACCACUAUACAAUAUACUAAAGACAGCUAAAAAAUCAACUAUUGAACAACAGUAAAGACAGAAGCUGCCACUGUAUAAUACUGCAGAUUUAUUGUACCUCACACUACACUAUAAUAGACUAGUAAGAACAGAUACAAAUAUCUAAUGCUGAGUACAGAUAUAGUACCUACCACUGUACAAUGCUGCUUACUUGUGUAUUAUUACUACAUAUUUAUUGUACCUGAUGCUGUACAAUACUGCAGAUGUAGUAUAUGUGCAUAUGGCAUCAUACAAUACUGCAGACAUUGGAUAUGCCAUUGUACAAUACUGCAUACAUAGCAAAAUGUGUAUGUAAUUAUGCAAUACUGCAAAAAUUCACACAAUUCUGAAGUAUUAAGGAAUUGACAGCUAUAGAACUGGCAUCCUUGUAAAGCAGCUUAUUAAUGUUAAUGCUUUUGUUUUUGUACUACCUGUAAGUUAUUGUACAAUAUUACAAAAUGAAAUAUUAAAAGUAUACAAAAGGUA